AUGACUCUCGCCGUAGGAGCGCUGCAGUCCUGGUGCAGUGGUGCACAACUCCACCGCUCCAGGCCAAUGAACGCUGCCAGGGACCACCCUCUGCACCCGCGACAAAAGCCAGCCACGUAUCGCCCGCCGCCGCUGCUGCAACCCGGCCUGCCCUCUUCUUUUGGCGCGCCUGCAGUAGCGGCCUCACUGGUCCGCUGCGCCUUGCUGCCACUGCUGCUGCUGCUGCUUCUCGUGUCGUGGCCAUGGCAAUACGCCGGACCCAAGAAUAGCACUGCCAUCGCGCACUUCACCAUCGACUCGGACCCGUUCGCAGUGCAAAAUUGUGCCGCGGCCGUUGAGCGCUCCUGCGACGUCUGGCCCCAAAGAGUCAGGCCUGCUUGUCCGUCGGGCGGGGCCACGUCCUACCAUGAGCAAGACGGAGGGUGUCGCGAUCAGCGCGACUUAUGCAAAUCGAUCCCGAAUCUGAACCCCAUGGCGAGCGUCAUCAACCUCCUCGUCGCCAAAUUGCUGCUCGUGCAAUCGUCACUGGCAACCCAAGCGCUCGGCGCCCCCCUCUGGGCUCGGUGCAAUAUCGUAAGCAGGUGCCCACUGUAUGCACCUGGGAUGCAUGUGAGGAUGUUCGAGCCUUCGAGGCCGGCACCUGCUCCACUCACACCGUCCAACAUCUUUCUUGACCACUUCCCUGGUCGCGGAUUGGCUCCUCGACCUCGUCAAUACCCAUAG